UGCAGCAGGGACAGGGUUUAAAUCCCAGCCCGGCUCAGCACUGGGCACUCAGACCGAGUUCCCCACAGCACCAUGAAGUCAGGGGCCAUCUUCCUCCUCCUGGGGCUCCUGGCCCUCUGGGCUGAGCUGCCGCCUGCAUCUGGAGGGAGCCAUGGGAGCUGCCCGGAGCCGCUCGGCUUUGGGCACUGCGCGGAAUUAUGCGGCAUUGACGGUUCCUGUCCUGAAGGAGAAAAGUGCUGCAGUAACGGGUGUGGCCACGAGUGCAUGAGAGUGUCUGGAGGGUCUCCCAAACGUCCGUCUGCCUGAACCCAGGCGCCAGAGGGGACAUGCUGCCUCCGUCCCUGUGACCUACACAAGACAAUUGCCGAGAACGGAUCAGCCUGCAAAGGCCUCACUUCCAGGGACCUCCCUCUGCUCCCCUCCCUCUGCCCAGCCCCUUUGGCUGCUCCAGCUGCCCUUGGACUCCAUCUGCCACAUGACGUCACUGGUGCCUCCUGCACAGAGGCUUGGUAGGUGUGGCGGGGGAGCGAGCGUGUGCCCAGCCGCUGUCCAGCAGCACCCGUGAAGGGCUUAGUAAAGCCUG